AUGCUUCAGGAAAUCUUCGGUCCCUUUGAGACAGAUCAAUUCGAUGCUUUGAAAUCCAUUUGUGAGCAUCUUUUUGUAGGUGAGGAUGACAGCGUUGACACAACAUCUUAUGCACCAACUCCUGCAAACAUGUACUCAAGGAGUUCAAGCUUCAACAAUCUGUUACUAAUGGAGAGUUGGAGCGAACUGCCCCUCAAAGUCGACAACUUGGAGGACGUGUUGGAAUACAGCACUAUGUGCAACGAGCUCAAUUCCGGGUGGACGAUGCCUUCAGCUCAGAAUCAAGAACUUGAUUUUGAAGUGACGACCAUUGAUUAUAACAAUAUUGGUCUGGCUUCGAAUCAAGAACUUGAUUUCAAAGUGACGACCGUUAAUUAUAACAGCAGUGAUUUGGUGAAGGAGAAGAAAUUGGAGAUGGUGGACCAGGAGGCACAAGUGCUGGUCGAGAAGACACAUUAUAAAGGAGUGAGGAGGCGACCGUGGGGGAAAUACGCGGCGGAGAUAAGGGACCCCAAGAAGAACGGGGCAAGGAUUUGGCUCGGGACUUACAAGACACCCGAGGACGCGGCAUUGGCCUAUGACCGGGCAGCUUUUAAAAUGAGGGGUUCCAAGGCCAAGCUCAACUUCCCUCACCUCAUCGGGUCGGCUGAGUACGAGCCUGUUAGGGUUGGCCGCAAGCGUUUGUCUUCUGAACCUAGCUCACCGUCCACGUGCAGCGAUGACGGCUUGAUGACGAGGAUGAAGAGGAGAAAGAGAGAGGUCAAUGUGGAUGCUGAGGUGGAUUUUGGAACUCCAACCCCCUUUCCUGUAUUGGAUAUGAGUUUUUGGAGUUGCGAUGAACAAUCGGUCCUGUAA